AUUACACAAUAGUAAUAAAAAUAACCUUCAGGGAAUAUGUAUUUGCAUAGAUUUUAAAAAACGUAAAAAAGGCAAGUGUGCCGCAAAUCUGUGCAUAUCCAGUGAACUUUGCAUCUUUUGGGAGUUGUAUCUUCUCUUUUAUACCUGCAUGAGAAAAACAUUUGAAUCUAUUCUUUCGUCCAUUAUCUGCUUAAGAAAAUAAACAUUUUUUUUGAAAAGCACUUUAAUAAACAAGCACAACAAGUUAAACAAGUUUUUAUCAACAGUUACGCGAUAUAAAUCUACACGCUGUUUUUUUAUUUCACUAGGUCACAGAAUGUUUAUGAUGAGAGCAUCAAGAAAGAUAUUUUACAUGAACGCAUUGUAUGGAUUGAAAAUAAGUAUAAUUAAGUCUUCGUAUACCAAAUGUUUACCAACGGUAACAAAGCAGCAAUGUUGCGCUACUAAAAAAGAAACACUUACAAUAAAUUACGAUAAAACUGUAGAAAAGUACGAGAAAACGACAGCAGAGAACGAGAAAAAUACAGCAGGUUACAAGAAACUUACAACAGAUUACGAAAAACUCGAUGUAUUUCGAGAUAAGUCUACCAAAGAGUUACUUAGAACGUACCUUGUUUUAAAAUUAUCAUCAAUUGAGACUUUUGUGAAGUAUUCCGAUAAGAUUUUCCUGAUUAGUGACCGGUUUAUAUGGAGACCGAUGAUGCACAAAGUGAUGGAAGCCACAUUCUACGGCCAGUUUGCUGCAGGAGUAACAGUCAAAGAUGCUGAAGAAAAGGCCGAAAAACUAAAAAAAUCUAGCAUCCGAUCAAUGCUAUGCGUACCAAUCGAAUCUAUAGUAAAUCUAAACAAAAAUGAAAGUGAGAAAACUGUAGAAAAAAACAAAAAAGUGGUUGAAGAUUGUAUUCAAGCAACAGCUCAUGUGGAGGCUAAUGGAUUCGCGCAAGUCAAACUAACAGCCUUGUGUGACCAGGAUGUACUGCUUGAAAUGAAUAAGUAUUUAUUACAGUACGAAACAAAUCAUCAAGAAACCGGUGCAUGGAACGUCAAAUCGAUGUCGUCUUUGCUCGAAAAACAAGACUUACAUAAACUCUACAUUCCUGAACUAUCAACAAAUUCGAACAAGAAGCUACAAAAGCUUUUUACAAUUGUAGACGACCUUACGCAGAAGUGCGUUGAAAAACGAACAAGAAUAAUGAUAGAUGGCGAACAAACGUACAUACAAGCAGCGUUGGGAUACAUCAUACUUGUUCUCCAGGCUAAAUUUAACAAAGAUACAGCCACUGUUUACAACACAUAUCAGUGUUACAGAAAGGAUACACUUAAAAGGAUAAAAGCCGACCACGAAUUGGGAAGCAAGUAUGGUUUUAAAAUUGCUGGGAAACUAGUGCGUGGUGCAUACAUGUCUUUAGAACGUCAACUUGCCAAAGGAAACAACCACGUGGAUCCGAUAAACGACACCUACCAAGAUACGACUCAUAUGUAUCAUUCGGCUGUUGAUUAUCUCCUUCCUUAUGUCCGCCGGCAAGAGGUAGCAGUUAUGAUAGCUUCACAUAAUGAAAGCACAGUGGACUACGUAAAAAACAGGAUGUUAGAACUUCAAAUUGCAAAAGACUCAACAGCCAUAUGUUUUGGUCAGUUAUAUGGGAUGUGUGACCAUGUCUCGAACCAUCUUGGUGAAGAAGGAUACGAAACAUAUAAAUCACUUCCAUACGGCAACAUUGAAGAUACAUUGUUAUAUCUUGCUAGAAGGAGUCAUGAAAACAAAACCGUCAUCGAGAGGACAAAAUUUGAACGUUUGUUAAUUAAAAAGGAACUAAAAAGAAGAAUUUUUACAUUGGGUAACUAAGCUUAAAUAAAUACCUUUGCUGUUUAA